AAGUCACUCCCGACUCGAGACUCGUCAGCUGAGGAGGAGGAAGCGAGGCUUAUUUUGGGGGAAAAUAGCUUGAAUUUACGCGUCAACUGGAACAACACUUGAUAAAGGAUUAGAAAUCUUCACAGCUGCAGUAAAGUUCUUGACCAACAGUGUUCACAGCAUCUGUUCAGGGGGCUUUACAGAAGAUCAGUUAUUGUUUAAAAUUCAAGAAAUCUUCCAUUCUCACAAAAUGCCUACAGCAGGUGCUAUGACCCUCAUGUUCAUUGGGGUUGUACUCUUUGCCAGCAUACUCUUCAUUACAUGCUUUAAACGUCAGGUUGGACGCAUUAAGGAACGCUCAAGACGUGAUCCUCACAUUCCAGGUUCUGAAGCGAAAAGAGCACUCAAACGGGAAAUAGAACGGAGGUUGGAGAGAGUAGCAGACAUUUACUACGAGCCAAAAUUACUGACGCUAGAAGUCAGCAACCAGACAAGUUCCGACUUACCCCCAUACUAUUUCCGCAUGAAAGCAGUAGAUAACAUGAAAUAUUUGGAACAAGAAUUGACAUCACUGGAAGGAGUUACUGUUCGUGGGCCAAGAGAGAGCAUCCGAGCCUUUCUGAUGAACUUAACCAACCCAGGAUGUGUACUGGCUUCAGUGGAACAACGGAUUAUUCAUGAACUCUGCGAUUACUAUGACCAUGCCCGUCAUCAUCCUAUGCAGUUCACUGCAGCUCACUUUACACCCUACCACAGUUUGCUGCUUAGAAUUUUGCACUGUGGGCGGAAUGGAGAAAAGUUUUCGGGUCGUAUCACAUCUACAGUCAAAGCACCAAGCGACCACGACUCUGCCAUUGAUGAACCAGAACACGACCAUAGUGGAGAUGACGAGAACUUGAUCAUCACAGACUCCAAUAUGGUUUUGCUACACAGGCCUUCAUCACUGAAAGUUCCAUCUGAAGACAACUUUGAAACAUCUGUGUGAUUUUGAAUGGACACUGCAGGAUGGAUAAUUAAAUUUUUAAUUACUCAUUUUACUUUAGUAUAGGCAAAUAUUAAAAAAAAAACUUUCAGAUGUACAGAAGUUAUUUAAGUGUGUGACUGAUAUGUAUAGAUAGUUUAACUGUGUUGCUUCAUUGGAGAACAAACUUUAUAUAAAG